CAUGCGCUUUGAUUUGUAUAAAACGUUACUGGCGGAAAAAAAAUUCUACAAGAAAAAUUCUACGCUAAAAUUAUAGAAUUGAGACACUUGUUAAUUUUAGUAGUUAAAUAUAUGCACGGGUUUCUUUGUGUCUAAAGUUGUGUAAUGAUAUCAUAACAACAUUGUUAAGGUUGCCAAACAGGAUCUUAAUCCUCUGUCGUUAAAAUUAACUUUGUUGAAGCGAUUCUGAGAUGACUUUGCCAAUUGCUGCAAUUAAUUUAUCCAACCAUACCUAAAUUGUUUUUUUUUUUUAACAUUCUUAGGUAGCAAACUGUCGUUAUUUAUCGUCGGAAUAACGUCUUUGAUUAUUAUAACGUUAAUAAUGACUGCACAUAACAUCAGCUUGCUGUCUGGUUUAAUUUUUGUUUGACAUUUAAAAAAAAACUUUGAGUAAGAAAGCAAUUCGAAAUUUUACUGUAAAUAAGUCUAUUUAUUUAAAUUAAUCGUCGAUUAAGCUAAUCGAGGCUUGAUCGAAGUUGGUUUAAACUAUUCUUCGCGUGCGUCAUCGCCAGCUGCAAUUGCGUCAUUUAGCUUACAUUAGCGGAGAGCCGUUGUACGGAAACACAUUGGCGACUAAAAUACUACCACUGGUUUCAUUUACGCUGUGUUCCGUCAAUGAUGAGCCUCAAUAACUUUACUGAGAUAUCGAUAAUUGAAUUAUGUCAAUAUAGAUUAACUUUAAUCCUCGGUUUAACUUUACUUUCCAUUUUUUUUCCAAGCUGUAGGAAUUAAAAAAAAAAAGAUAAAGAAGAAGUUAAGCCGACACUAAAGUUAAUCUACAUUGGUAGAAAUAAACGCGCGUCAGCAGAUAAUCUUUUGAAAAGAAAAAGAACAUUAUGUAGAUAUACUUCAAUUGAAGCCUGUGGUAAAGACCCACAGGUCAGGUUAGGCUCGAGAGAAGGACAGACGGUUCGCGUUACCAGCUGACUUUGACAGAUGUGUAAAGCACGUCAGCGACGGCAUAUCGAGCGGUGACGAAAGUCUGUUUUUUUUUAUUAGUCAUUCUUUAUCGAAGUGAUUAGAAUUCGAAUCGUCAGAUACUCUGUCCCGUAGAAAAACUAUGCGUACGUAACAAUUUGGCGAUCACAAAAUGGAAGGAGACGAGGAACACGCGCGUUAGGUGCACAUUCUCCGAUAAUAAAGAGGCAAUUUACGGAUAGUGCAGCUGGUAAGGACGCCAGUGGAAAUGUAACGAGAAUCACGAACAAACUUCUGCGCUAUAUAGGGGAUCUGAAGGAAAACAAAAUGUCUAUGCAGAAUCAGUGGAAGCUUCUGUCACAAAUAAAGGAUUAUCUGAACAAGGCCAAUUACGACAAGAAUCAGCAGAUUAUUGUCACCAAGGAUUGGCUGGACAAUCUGCAGAAAUUAACGUAUUCACAGCUCGAGACUAUACGAAAACUGUCAUCGUCGGGAUUUAAGACCACUAAUACAGAAAAGAGUACGACUACGAAGCAUAAGGAUGGCAACGAUUUGGAGAAUACGUUAAUGCCUGAACAUGCAGAAACACUCGCCAAUCCUGAUUCAGCAAUUGUGCAACCGAAAACGCAGCAGCAAAUUCGUGAGCAAGGUACGCCCGACAGUAAGAUAGACUCGAAAGACGGUUUAACUAUGCCGCAAAUUCUUUUCACGCUGCUCCACAAGUUAUCUCCCAGAGUUACGCAAAGCGCCGUUGUUGUACCAAAGUGGAAAGUGAACAUCCACAGCAAUAUUUCGAAGCACAGUGUCGUCUCUCGCACGCGUCACGUCUUAAACAGUAUCGUGUCGGCCGAGUCAAAUGGUUCGAAGUUGCGAAGACUGGAGGAUCUGUUAUUGCACAUCGAUCAGUAUCCAGAGGCAAGGCAUUACGCAAUUAAAGAUGGAGCGAUUAGAAUCUUAUUGCGGACUCGUCAACAGACAAAAGAUGAACAAAUUAAAGCAUCUAUCAGAGAAGCUCUGGCUGUAAUGGGUUACAUCGAUCCUCUGCCCGGUCGGGGUAUCAGAAUUCUAUCGAUUGACGGCGGUGGCAUUCGCGGAGUGCUGGUCAUAGAGAUGCUGAAGAAAUUGGAGGAACUCACGGGAAAGAAGACGUACGAAAUGUUCGAUUACAUAUGCGGCGUGAGCACAGGAGCCAUUCUAGCUGCUGUCUUAGUAUUGCCUAAGGAUAUUAUAGAAGGGGGACAUAAGAGAAAGUCAUUGGAUGAAGUUUUGAAAUUGUACAAAGAACUGAGUACCAGAGUAUUCACGCAGAGUGCUAUAAAGGGCACAAGCAGUCUAGUGUGGAGCCAUGCAUAUUACGACACCGCGUUGUGGGAAAAAUUAUUAGCGGAGCACUUGGGCGAUAAAAUUCUUAUCAAAACCACGCGCGAUCCAAUGGCACCGAAGUUUUCAGCAAUAUCCGCCGUGGUAAAUCACGAGCGCGUAAUGGCUUACGUGUUUAGAAAUUACACAUUACCGCACAGAGUGGAGAGCCAGUAUAUGGGGUCUCACAAGCAUAAAUUGUGGGAAGCUGUGAGAGCGUCAGCUGCUGCACCGAGUUACUUUGAGGAAUUUAAAUAUGGCGAUUAUCUUCAUCAGGACGGUGGUAUUUUGGUAAAUAACCCAUGUGCUGUAGCGAUACACGAAGCCAAACAGCUGUGGCCGAAUAAUCCAAUCCAAUGUGUCGUAUCAUUCGGAACAGGCCGAAUUCCACAUCACAUCAUUGAAAACAAAUCUUUGGAGUUAGAGAUCUCAAGUUGGAAAGAGAAGUUUUAUAAAAUUUUGGAUAGCGCCACCGAUACGGAAGCUGUACAUACAAUGCUCAACGAUCUGCUACCUGAUCACAUUUACUUCAGAUUUAAUCCUUAUUUAACGGAAAUGUUAUCGAUGGUGGAAAUUCGACCUGAGAAGAUCAGUCUAAUGGAACAAGACGCAAGAAUGUACGUACGUCGAAACGAAGAGAAAUUUGAAAAGGCUGCUACAGCUUUAUUGGAGAAACGACAAAUUCAACAGAAAGUUAUAGAUUGGAUUACGUUGCAAAGACAACUAUACGGCUUAUAAAGAGCAACACUUCAAACAUUGACGUGCAUUCCACAGUGCGUUUGCAAGUCACAUAUUUAUAGUACAACUUUUUUACCACAUAAUGUGGUCACCACACAAUCUGAAAUUUUUCAAAUAACACUUUCUCAGUAAUACUUUUUAAAUAAUGUAAUAAGAAAAAAUAGUGUAUAAUAGGUAUAUAUUUUUUAAAUGUCUUGUUACACUUUUUUUCGUUUAUAUUAAUAUAUUUUUUAUAACUUAUUAACUUUAAUAACUUUUUGUUUAAAGUAAUUUUAGUUACUACAGUAAUUAAAAUAAUAACUAAAUCUAAGAUAUAAAUGAAUCUGAAAAAUUUAUUUUAGAUUAAUGUGGGAUCAUUGUUGGUAUAGCAUUGGCUGUGAUAUUUGUAGUGAUACUUUGUAGUACUCUCUUCGUGCAGAUAAAAAUAAAUUCAGUUUAGACCAAUGAAAAGUAUUUAAGAUUAAUUAGUACAGUUCUACAUUUUAUUAUCAUGUACAUUAAUCUGAGAUAAAAGUAUAUAAAAUAGAGAAUUUUAAGUUGAGUAAAA